AGGACACAAAGUUCUGAAACGACCACAUUUGUCAACACAACUGCUUGUAGGCGAAAGCAAUAUCAAACUCCUUUCUUUACUUCACUACUUUCUCUGACUGGAAAAAUGGGUCUUAGCUCUCAGGAACUCCAGGACGCCAAGGAAGCUUUCAGUGCGAUCGACAUCAAUGGUGAUGGCAGACUCACCGCCUCAGAGAUCAGCCAGCUUUUCAAGAACCUGAACGAGCCCCUACCCGGCUUCAAGGUCCGCGAAAUGAUCGCCGAAGUCGACACCAGCGGAAAUGGAACCGUCGAGCUGAACGAAUUCGUCAAUAUGUAUGAGAAGGUAAAGACUACCAAGACCUCAUAUGGCCUGGCCGAUGGCGCAAAGAACGCCAAGGUUGUCAAGGAGAUCGGUGGUACCUCCGACGCCUCCGCUCACGGAACCAAGCACUCUUUCUCUUCGGAGGAGACCGCAUCUUUCAGUAACUGGGUCAACACGAUCCUGGGCAAGGAUGCUGAGCUGGCCAGCCGCCUUCCCAUCAACGAGGACACCGAUGACCUCUUCAAGGCCGUCCAUGAUGGUCUCCUGCUCUGCAAGCUGAUCAACUCUUCUGUUGCUGAGACUGUCGAUGAGCGUGCCAUCAACAAGAAGAAGUUGAACAUGUACACCAUCCACGAGAACCAGACACUUGUGCUGAACUCCGCUUCCGCUAUUGGUUGCAACAUUAUCAACAUCGGAGCCCAGGACUUGAUGGACGGCAAGCCCCAUCUCGUCCUCGGUCUCACCUGGCAGAUCAUCCGUAUUGGUCUGCUGUCCAAGAUCUCGCUGAAGGAGAACCCCAACCUGGCUGCCCUGCUCAAAGACGGAGAGUCACUCUCCGACCUUCUCAAGCUCUCUCCCGAACAGCUGCUCAUCCGCUGGGUCAACUAUCAGAUGGAGCAGGCAGGCUGCCCGCGCCGCAUCAACAACCUGACCAAGGACAUUACCGAUUCCGAGGUCUACACUCACUUGAUUUACCAGGUUGCACCCGAGGGUUCCGGAGUUACCAUGGCCCCACUUAACGCUGGCAACGACCUUUCCAAGGCCGGCUCCAUGCUGGAUGAGGCUGACAAGAUUGACUGCAAGAACUUUGUCCGACCUGCUGAUGUUGUAAGCGGACACCCCAAGUUGAACUUGGCCUUCGUUGCCAACUUGUUCAACACCUACCCAUGCCUGGAGGCCAGGGAUGAUGGUCUGGGUGACAUCGACCUCGGUGACAUGGCUGAGACUCGUGAAGAGAAGACUUUCAGAAACUUCAUGAACAGCUUGGGUGUCAACCCCUUCGUCAACAACCUGUACGAAGACUUGCGCGAUGCCAUUGUUCUUCUCCAGAUCUUGGACAAGAUCAAGCCCGGUUGUGUGGAAUGGAACAAGGUCAACAUGCCUCCGUUCAAGGCCAUGAGCGCCAACAUGAAGUCCAUCGAGAACUGCAACUACCUGGUUCAGCUCGCCAAGGAGAUGGGCUUCUCCCUGGUUGGUAUCGGCGGUACCGACAUCAACUCCGGCAACAAGACUCUCACUCUUGCUCUUGUGUGGCAGAUGUUGCGCGCAUACACCAUUGCCGUCCUUCAGUCUCUGUCCGGUGACGGCAAGGCCGUUUCCGACUCCGACAUCGUUUCCUGGGUGAACUUGACCCUGAAGUCCAAGGACAAGACUAGCACAAUCUCCAGCUUCAAGGACCAGACCAUCUCCACCGCCCGUGCCAUUCUCGACAUUGUCGACUGCAUCAAGCCUGGCGCACCCAACUUCGACCUCGUCGUCGAGAACCCCACCAGCGACGAGGACAAGAUGAUGAACGCUAAGUACGCCAUCUCCAUGUGCCGAAAGAUUGGUGCCCGCACCUACGCUCUGCCCGAGGACAUCACCGAGGUCAAGCCCAAGAUGGUCAUGACGAUCUUCGCCUGCCUCAUGUCCCGCUCCUUCCAGAAGAAGUAAGACGCUUGCCGUCACCGUCGUUCCUGCCCCCAUGUGGUACCUGGACAUGUUUGUCUGUCCUUUAGAACUGUCUCCGGAGGACGUUGUGUGCUGUCCUGUGUCGUCGUCGUUGUCGCUAUCUGCUUUCUGCUUCGCUCCCUGUCUUGUCUUCAGUCGUCUACUACAGUUUUAGCUGAGUUUCGGGUUGUUUCUCGCACUCUCUCGUCAUCACCCUUUCCCAAAUGCGCUGCUUUCCUUCCUCUCUUCGAACCUGUAGUGCAUUUUAUUUAUCGCUUUCCGGGAACCUUUUUUUUGUGCUUCAAAUUAACAAGUCCUCUAAUCAUAACUUCUCCUCAUGCAAAUUAAUUUGUCUUCCACUUUUAAGUUGCUUGUUGCAUCACCUGUGAAGGAGAUGAUGUUUUCUACGCUA